AUGUUAAAAAGAUUUUACAGUACUGUACCAAAAGAAUUCAUUUAUGAAUUAAAAACAUAUAAUGUACCAAAGAAUAGUAUCAAAGAAUUAAACAAUGCAUUUAAAAAGAUUAACCCAAACGAAAAAGUAUUAACUGGAGCCUGGGUUAAUAAUUCAACAACAUCAACUAACCAAGUUUACGCUUUAUGGCGAUUUGAAAGCUUAGAUCAAAGAAAAGAAAUAAAACAAAGAGUAUUAACCGACGAAAUCACCUCUACUAUUAAACCAUUUGAAAAAGAUUCAAGCAGUAUUGUAUUCAGAGAAUACCCAUGGGCUCCAACUCAACUAUCAGAAAGCGAAUCCAAAGAAAACAAGGUUUGGGAUAUGGUAACCUAUGAAACCAAACCAGGUCAAUUAGGCUCAUGCGGUGAAGGUGUAUCCAAAGCAUUCAAUGAAAAAAAGAAAAACAACACUCCAUUCGGUGUAUUCUACAGUGAAUUUGGUACACUUAAUACCAUCUUAGAAUUAUGGCCAUAUAGAAGCGAACAACAACACUCUGAAUUAAAUAAAUCCAAUAACUCUAAUGACACUAUCAAAUCCUCGAUUAAUAAUGUUAGCGAAAAUUUAAAAUCAAAUAUAACUACAAAAUUGUUCACUUUAGACGAAUAUAUUAAUAAAAAAUAA